CCAACACACCUCUUCUCUUUCACCAAGUCAACAAAAGUUCAACGUUCUACCCAUACGAGGAUCUUCUCUCGGCUUAUCGUCGUCCUGUCACCCAAAAUGCCCGUCCCACUACCAUCCUCCGAGCAGUCAUCUGCAGCGCAAAACAGCUCUUCGGCCACUGCGCAAACGGCACACCAAGUCCAUAACGAAUCUACACAAAGUGUAACUUCUGCCAGUCAACAGCAACAACAACAACAAAAGACACAGGCUGAAUUGGAAGCCGACAGACUCUAUGAGGAGCGCAUCGAGGAGGAGUACGCAAAGCGCGAAGGAGGCGCUUAAACAGCGAUUGCAGUUAUAGCCAUGAUUAUCUCGUCGUGGUCUAUCUAGCUUUUCCAUUAUUGGCCUGAAAAUUGAGAUAUCCGA